UUGAAAGACAAUUUUUCAUUGCCAUCUGCAUAAAUCAAUGGAGCCAAAGUCUAAUUUUGUGUUUUCACUUUCAUUCAUGUUCCUAUUUACUCCAUUGUUUCUGUUGGUUCUUCAUGGCAAUGUUGAGAGUUCCUCAUACAUAGUUCACAUGGACAAAUCCCUCUUUCCUCAAGUCUUCAAAACUCAUCAUGAUUGGUUUGAAUCCACCAUUCAUUCCAUAAAAACAACACUUGAUCAACCAUCCAAGCAACAUCAGAAACUACUAUACUCCUAUAACCAUGCCAUGUAUGGCUUUAGUGCAAUGUUAUCUUUAGAUGAGUUAGAAGCUCUUAAGAAUUCUCAUGGCUUUGUUGCAGCAUAUGAAGACAGAACUGCCACCAUGGACACCACUCACACCUUUGAAUUUCUCUCCCUAAACACUUCAAGUGGCCUUUGGCAUGCUUCAAAUUUAGGGGAGGGUGUGAUUGUGGGUGUUAUUGACUCUGGUGUGUGGCCUGAGAGUGAAAGCUUCAAAGAUGAUGGCAUGACCAAGAACAUCCCAAACAAAUGGAAAGGAACAUGUGAGGAAGGACAAAACUUUAACACUUCCAUGUGUAACUUCAAAUUGAUUGGAGCUAGAUAUUUCAACAAGGGUGUGAUUGCUGCAAAUUCCCAAGUUAGAAUCAGCAUGAACUCAGCUAGAGACAUAAAUGGUCAUGGUACUCAUACCUCAUCAACAGUGGCAGGAAACUAUGUUAAUGGUGCCUCUUUCUUUGGCUAUGCCAAAGGGGUAGCCAGAGGCAUUGCACCUAGAGCUAUGCUUGCCAUGUACAAGGUGAUUUGGGAAGAGGGUCGUCUAGCUUCUGAUGUCUUGGCUGGAAUGGACCAAGCUAUUGCUGAUGGUGUUGAUGUGAUUUCCAUCUCAAUGGGUUUUGAUGGUGUUCCACUUUACAAUGACCCUAUAGCAAUAGCUUCUUUUUCAGCAAUGGAAAAGGGGGUUGUGGUUUCUUCUUCUGCAGGAAACUAUGGUCCAAAUCUUGGUAGCUUGCACAAUGGAAUCCCCUGGCUUCUGACCGUGGCUGCAGCCACCAUAGACCGUGCAUUUGGCACUCUAAUUCUUGGAAAUGGCCAAACCAUUAUAGGAUUGACCUUAUUUCCAGAAAAUGCCAUAGUCAAAGAUCUUCCACUUGUUUACAAUAAGACUAUAUCACCAUGCAACUCAGUGAAGCUGUUAUCCCAAGCGGCCACAGCAGGGAUCAUUGUGUGUGACUCAAAUUCAGACCCUUACUCAAUAUAUGACCAAAGGAGGCGUGUUACCAAAGCCAGUUUGUUAGGGGCAGUGUUUAUCUCUCCUAUAUACCUUGAAAUAGGAUUUAUGGACUCUCCGAGUAUUGUAAUCAGUACACAAGAUGCACCAUCUGUGAUCAAGUAUGCAAAAAGCAAUAACAAGCCAACAGCUAGCAUUAAAUUUCAGCAAACAUUUAUUGGAAUAAAACCAGCACCAGCUGUUGCCUCAUACUCUUCAAGAGGUCCUUCACCUAGCUAUCCUUGGGUCUUAAAGCCUGACAUAAUGGCACCUGGCACUAAUGUUCUUGCUGCCUACUCUCCUCAUAUACCAGCAGCUAGAAUUGGCCUCAAUGUGUUCUUACCAAGUGACUACAAUAUUCUCUCUGGAACAUCCAUGGCAUGCCCUCAUGCUUCUGGUGUUGUUGCUCUUUUGAAGGCUGCACACCCUCAGUGGAGUGCUGCUGCUAUAAGGUCAGCACUAGUCACCACAGCUAGUACUAUAGAUAAUACACAAAAUCCAAUUAGAGAUAAUGGGUACCUUCCUCAAUCUGCCUCCCCUCUGGCAAUGGGAGGUGGUGAAAUUGAUCCUAAUAGAGCACUUGAUCCAGGUUUGAUAUAUGAUGCCACCCCACAAGACUAUGUUAAUCUCCUUUGUGCUUUGAAGUACACCACCAAACAAAUCUUAACCAUUACAAGGACAAACUCUUACGACUGUGUAAACCCAUCUUUUGACAUUAACUACCCUUCAUUUAUUGUUUUCUACAACAACAAAACAAGGUCAGUUUCCAAAGAGUUUAAGAGGACUGUGACCAAUGUUGGAAAUGGUGCUGCUACUUACAGAGCCAAGGUAACACAACCCAAGGGCUCUAUGGUGACAGUGUCACCUCAAAUAUUACCAUUCAGUUAUAAAAAUGAGAGGUUGAGCUACAGUGUUAUCAUAAAGUAUGCCAAGUACCGGAAAGAAAAUAUCUCAUAUGGGGAUCUUGUUUGGAUUGAAGAUGGUGGAAAACAUAGUGUUAGGAGCCCAAUUGUAGUGGCACCAAGUGGAAUUGUAUAG